CCACCCACAGUCUGGGGUCCGGUUCAGCUCCCUCUCCUUCGGCGCAGCCGGCCCGGCACUGCGAUGACCGUCACCUACACAGCCCGCGUGGCCAAUGCGCGCUUCGGCGGCUUCUCGCAGCUGCUGCUGCUGUGGCGCGGGAGCAUCUACAAACUUCUGUGGCGCGAGCUGGUCUGUUUCCUGGGGCUCUACAUGGCGCUGAGUGCCGCCUAUCGCUUCGUGCUGACCGAAGGGCAGAAGCGCUACUUCGAGAAGCUCGUCAUUUACUGUGACCAGUAUGCCAGUCUCAUCCCAGUUUCUUUCGUGCUGGGUUUCUAUGUGACGCUGGUGGUGCACCGCUGGUGGAACCAGUACCUAUGCAUGCCGCUGCCGGACGCGCUCAUGUGCGUGGUGGCAGGCACGGUGCACGGACGCGACGAGCGGGGCCGCCUGUACCGGCGCACGCUCAUGCGCUACGCCGGGCUUUCGGCUGUGCUUAUCCUGCGCUCAGUCAGCACCGCGGUCUUCAAGCGCUUCCCCACCAUAGACCACGUAGUGGAGGCCGGAUUUAUGACCCGCGAGGAGCGUAAGAAGUUCGAGAACCUGAACUCGUCCUACAACAAGUAUUGGGUGCCCUGCGUCUGGUUCUCCAACCUGGCUGCGCAGGCCCGGCGUGAGGGCCGCAUCCGCGACAACAGCGCCCUUAAACUGCUGCUCGAGGAGCUGACCGUGUUUCGGGGCAAGUGUGGAAUGCUCUUUCACUACGACUGGAUCAGCGUACCCCUUGUCUAUACCCAGGUGGUGACCAUCGCUGUGUACAGCUACUUCCUGGCCUGCCUCAUUGGUCGCCAGUUCCUGGACCCAGCUCAGGGCUACGAAGGCCACGACCUGGACCUGUGCGUGCCCAUCUUCACCCUGCUGCAGUUCUUCUUCUAUGCGGGCUGGCUCAAGGUAGCCGAGCAGCUCAUCAAUCCCUUCGGAGAGGACGACGAUGACUUUGAGACCAACUUUCUGAUCGACCGCAACUUCCAGGUGUCAAUGCUGGCCGUGGACGAGAUGUAUGACGACCUGGCCAUGCUGGAGAAGGAUUUGUACUGGGACGCAACCGAGGCUCGCGCCCCCUACACCGCAGCCACCGCGUUCCUGCGGCAGCAGCCCUCCUUCCAGGGCUCCACCUUCGAUAUCACGCUGGCCAAAGAGGACAUGCAGUUCCAGCGGCUGGACGGCGUGGACGGGCCGCUGGGCGAGGCGCACAGCGACUUUUUGCAGCGCCUCCUGCCGGUAGGCGCAGGCACGGCCGCGGGAGGCCUGCUGGGCCGGCGCCUGUCCUUAAUGCGCCGCAAGAACAGCUGCGUGUCUGAGACGUCCACAGCCGCCAGCUGCACGUGCGCAGGCGCCCCCGACGGCGCGGCCCCGGAGUGCGGUUGCGGGGACCCGCUGCUCGACUCCGGCCUGCGGGAGCCAGAGCCGGAGCUCCCCGCCGGCCCCGAGCUGUCCGUCCCGGGGCCCGCCGCCGAGCCCUUCACCACUGUGCCUAUGCCCGCGCCCCGGGGCCCGGCUCCACCCUGGCUGCCCAGCCCCAUUGGCGAGGAGGAGGAGAGUCUAGCCUGAGGCUCUCAGGCCCAGGCUCCCCCAAGGACGGGGACACAAACCCCGACAGGGCACGCAGACAGCAGUCCGGGUCUGCAUAAGCCGCGUGUGGACUCCACCUGUCCGAUUUUGACCGGUUCCCGCCUCCUGCGCGCCAGCCUUCGCGUCUGGCACUGGGGCUUGGAGAGCCUCCUGUGGGCCAGGCACUGGGCUAAGGGUGAAGGAUUCUUCCAGCUUCUUUGAACAGGCGGUCCUUCCCACCAGCUCUACUUCCCUCCCUCCACUGCCUGAAAGGCCCCCAUCAG